AUGAAAAUAGAGUCUCUCUGUGAGAUUCAUUUUUACCAGAAGUCAGAAGAUCUUAUAUUUCUCAAGAUCAUCUUCACCUGCCUUGUCUGUGAAAUCAAUGAGAGGAAUCAUCAAUUCCAGUAUUCUGCCCUUGAUGUCAUUCAAGUGGCAGCAGAGUCCACUCUGGCCACACUUUUUAAGUAUGAUAUUAAGACAAUGACUCAUCACAGCCAUGUUAUCCUCACUGUGAGAGAUACACAGUUGAUGAUGAACAUUGCAAAGACUCUGAAAAGUGAGUAUUUUGAGAAUGCUGCAGCUCUGCAAUGUUGA